AUGGACGGGUUUAAUAUGAUGACGGUUGCUAAGUACUUUGUUUCGUUUGAAGACUUUUUAAAUUUGGAGAUGGUAUGCAAAAAGUUCAGAUACACAACAGCCAGAUUUCAUUUUAAUCCAAUACGACUGAAUUCCAAAACAAGAAAAUGGUUUUCUCGUCUUGAAACUUUACAUAUUUGGGUUAGAGAAGAUGAACAUUUUACAAACGAAAAAUUCUAUAAACAAGUUGUUUGGUAUCCAGUCGAAUACAGUGAAAUUAAAAAUGCAACAACUGAAACUGUUGAGUACAAAAACGUUGUGUACACAAAAAACGAUUCGGCCAAUUAUGGGUGUUGCAUACCCACAAGCGUCAAAGUUAUUGGCGCAAAUUGUAUGGAAAAAAUGAUCAAUUUGAUUUGCACGCACAUUCCAAACGGUGUCGAGUCUAUCAAGAGAGAGGCAUUUUUGCAUUGCACAUCACUUGUCAAAAUUGGAUUACCAAACAACUUAACAACUUUGGGUUCGUUCUGUUUUUCUUAUUGCAAAUCAUUGACUUCAAUAAGUCUUCCUGAUAAUUUGACCCGCCUCAAAGAACACACUUUUAACCAGUGUUAUUCUCUUAAAUCUAUUCAAUUCCCAUCCAAUUUGGUUCAAAUAGAUACCAGAUGUUUCCGCUUUUGUCUAUCUUUGGAUAACAUAACAAUACCAAAAACAGUUACUUCAUUGGGAGAAGGUUGUUUUGCAAAUUGUACUAUUUUAAAGAAUGUUCAGCUCGAUUGUGAUAUUCAAGAACUAACAGACACGUGUUUUUACAAUUGUUACUCACUAAAAGAAAUUGCAAUUCCUCAAAAAGUCACACGUCUUGGGAGGUGGUGCUUCAUCAACUGUUCUUCAUUAGAAAAAAUUAACACCCUAUCAAACAUCCAAACUGUCGACGACUUUUGUUUUUGUGGUUGUUAUGCACUCACUUCCAUUCAUCUUUCUGCGUGUCUCAAAAGUGUUGGUGACUAUUGUUUUAGAAAAUGUAUUUCACUCAAAUCAAUAACAUUCAAUUCAAGUGACAUUUCGUUUGGGCAAGACUGCUUCCUGGAGUGCGCUUCAUGUUUUCCAGUAAUCGUGAACCAUGAUCACAAGAAUUUGAUCAUCAAGUGA